AUGGACACUGAUCAAAUGACAUAUGCUAUUAACACAACCCGUCCUGGUUUCGAGGUUUCAGCAGAGAUGGCUGCUGCAUUAGCAGCUUCUUCCAUUGUCUUUAAAUUUACCGACCCUGUUUACUUUAAAACACUUCUCGACAGGGCAACACAGGUUUUGAACUUUGCAAAUACAUACCAAGGAAAUUAUAACGAUUAUCUGAAGCCAUUUGUCUGUCCUUUCUAUUGCGAUUGGAGUGGUUUCCAGGUAGAUAUACAAAAAAAUGUUUCAUAUCACAUGGUGGGAUAUGGUAACAAGUUCCCAACUAGAAUACAUCAUCGUGCAUCCUCGGUACCAUCGCUCGAUCAACAUCCACAACAGAUGCAUUGUAAAGAUGGGACACCCUACUUUCAAACCUCAAAUCCUAACCCAAAUUUGCUGAUAGGAGCUGUUGUUGGAGGACCAGAUAUGAAUAAUCAAUUUGCUGAUGCUCGAGUAGAGUUUACUGCAUCAGAACCAACAACUUACGUCAAUGCCCCUCUAACCGGGCUCUUCGCUUACUUUGCUCACAAUACUUAA